AUGGAGCCCUUCCCUAAGCGACAGCGAUUAUAUGCCCUAGCCAGGCCCGAACCCCCUCGGACCUUCGAGGACCAUGAUGCAUAUUACGAUGAGCUAGGAGACGACAUACUCGAGGAUGAAGAUUAUUAUAGCGAGGAAGAGCCAGGACAGGUAGAACAAUACAACCCAGAUGCAGAACUACAGCAGAAGAGAGCGCAGCUCGAUCACAAACUGAAAUCAACGUUUGAGUCUAUCUUUGAGAAAUACGAGAGGGACUUCGACGGGGUUGGCGAUGAGAUUGACCUUGAGACGGGAGAGAUUGUAAUCAACAAUGGGCAUUUGUUGCAGAUGAUGGACGAGCAAGAUGCUGGAGAUCUGGGUGUUUCGCCGCGAGCAUUGACAGGCUACUCGGAGGACUCCGGCGAGCCUCCCAGCGGCUCUUUGGGCGAGACUGAUAUGAUGGAUAUGGAUGAAGAAGAGGAUGAGGACGAGGAAGAGGAAGCUGAAGAAGAGGAAUAUGAGGAGGAGAGCGAGGAAGUAGAGGAGGAUGGUAUGAUGGAAGACGACUUAAUCCUGCGUGGCUUUGUGCAGGCCAACCGAUUCCAGCAACUCUCACCGGGACUGGGAAUAUCGGAUGCGCCAAUUACUCUACCGAAGGGACGGCGACGAGAAACUACUUCUCGACUAGCUCGAAAAAAUAAACUCCCUUCCCGUGACGAUAUAUUGACACAAUUUGGACCUCAAUUGGGACCUCAAAUCGUGGAGUACGUCUCGCAGCAGCAUGCACAGAAAGAAAGUCACGCGGAACCAGCCUGGCGAGCCCUUGAGCUUCCGAAGAAGUUGUCGGUCGCAAGAAAUAUCGAGCCUGCUUGGAGAUUCCCCAUGAUCCCAUCAACAGGUCCUCCGAAGCUAGUGGAACCAGCAUGGCGGGUGCCCGAUCUACCAUCAGCUGCGCCCAUCGGCAGAAAACCAGCACAGAACCCAGCUAUGAUUGCCUCAGGAGAGGAACAAUCCCAAAGAUCUGAAGCAUCUGCAUCCAUUUGGGCACUAGCAAGACCUCCUGCUAGGAAAAGACUCGAUGGACGUGACAGUAAUGUUUUGUCCAAAGGAGAAAGCGCGGCUCAAAAACAGUCAUUUAGACCUCGAAUCUCUGAUUCUGUCAUACAUUCAAGGACAUUUGGACGAGCCCAGCAAGCUCAAAAGGCCAGGUCCGAUUCACCGAGAAAGAAAAGGACUGCCUUCACAGCUGAGGAAGAUGAUGCGAUGUUGAAAUGGGUGUCAAAGUCACGCAGACUAGGUCUUGGACUUCGCUGGCGAGAGUUCGCAUCUGAACACCCUCAACACUCGGCCAAGUCUUGGAGUGGACGAUAUACUACGCAGUACACAUAUCUCUCAACCAAUGAUAUCGAAGAGACCGAAGCAUCUGAGCUAUCGACUGAAGAAAUGGGCUAUCAACCUCCCCCCAGUUUUAAUAGUCAGAAGCCCGGAUACGAUGUCGCCCCAGCACCCCGUGAACGGCCAGUUCGAGUUCGAAAACCAGCGCAAACAGACCCGCAAAUUUUGAGCUGGAACGAGGCUGUAGACUCGAUUGAGAACCUGGAUCCUGUCCUGCAUGCUGGCAUCAUGGAAGAUGCGAGAAAUGGUAAUCAGCGACUGCCACAAUUCUCUUCUUCGACUAGACGAGAACCUCGUUUGAUGCAGGCCGAGCGACAAUCCACCGGGUCGAUUCAAUUGCAAGGAAACACUCCGCCGGUAGAUAGGCAGAACGCAUCCCUCGACAAUGUCCUUACCAGCUCAUCUUUGGCUGUCGAGCUCACUCCUGAGCAGGAAGAUGCACUGAUACCCGGCGCACCAUGCCCACACAAGGACUGUCGACUCUACCCCAGCAUAUUUUAUAAACUUCAACGGCGCGAAAACGAAGACCUGUCGGAAAUGUGCUUGCAUUUGUUCAGAGUACACCAUACCACGCCCUUCCCAUGUGAAGAGGUUAACUGCAUGCGAAAGGGCGAGCAGGGCUAUUUUAUACCGCUAGACUUGGUCAGGCACGUGAGACUCGCACACAAGACCAUUUCUGCUCUACAACGACUACGAGGCCGCGUUGAUUCAGAUUUGCUUGAGCAGCAAGUAGCACUUGCAAACGAUUCCCUAUCAAAGAGUGAUUCGCCCCCUGGAAUACCUAUCGAUCAACCCAAAUAUUCCGACUUCACGUCUCUGCAACAGAGACCUGCACGGAAUCCUUCGAGUAGCCAGCCGCUGUCAGGCUAUGAUCCGGAUCGAACUUUAACUCCUCGAGGUAUAGCUGCAACAUCGACAUUCACCCCGCAGACUAGCGUCUCAUCGUUGAAAGUCCACCGUUCAUCUGCAGAAUCCACGGCACUGCGAGAUGUGAGCAACGCUCCUGAUAGGGUGAUAAUGGACUCGCAAAUAGGCAGUUCCUCGCAACUGGCAGCAAGCAGCCAGUCUGAGAUGGAACCAAAGACGUUGAGGAGGGUUUCUGAUGAAUCAUUGCCGCGACCCUUGUGUGGGAUACCCAGUAGAAGAUCAUUGAACUCCAAAGCUGCAACCGAGAACAUUCCCCCUAGUCCUCAAACGGCUACCGGUAGCUCAAUCGAGCGUCCCAACCCCGCCGAUGGAUCAAGAAGCACUUCUUCUGGUAACUUUGGGGGCCGCCUGGUUCACGAUUUGACUCACUCCAGCCCGGGCUCGAGCCCGCCGAUGAUAGAAGCCCCACCAAACGUCUCGAUGUAUUCGUCGAAGAUAGGGAGUUCUCAAGAUCCUGCGGAGUCAUCUCUCGGAGCGAUUGCAUCUUCAAGCAAGCCUCCGUUGAAGAAGGCCCCUAACCCUGUUGUCCUGACCCUCACUCGUAAUGUGGUAGAUUCGACUUACGACUUUUCGGACGAGGAGACGGCUGGAGAGUAUGCAGCCGCCCCUGCGCUGACCUCGUCUGUGGCAACAGCCUUGCCAAAAAACCAUGCGAAAGUACUUACGGAGCCGCUAAUCGCGAGGGCUUCUGUUAGGACGAAGCCAGUGGUUGAAAACCAUAUUGACAAACAAACACAUGCUAUUUCGACACCUAUAGUUGCAAUUCAAGCUGCUUCCAAUCCCAAGUCAAAGCCAAAGGCGUCCAAGAACUUUACCACCAAGCCGACUCUUGCAAUAACAGCUGCCAAAAAGCCAGCCAAGUCAAUAUGGGCUAUGCCAGGCAGAAAAUCUGUUGCAAAUAAGCCUCAUGCAACGCCGGCUGCGAAGAUUACUCGCCCAAGGGCUCAUUCCGAAGGUAUUGACGAACUGAGCAUGGGAGUAGAUGACUACGUCUUAUUGUCUUCAGGAUCAAUGGCGAAUCCUUUACCGGUGCCGCAACUGGGCAUUAAGCAUGAAGCCAACACAGAUUCACCGGCGAUGAAUUCUGUUCCCGCAGCCAAGAAGCGAAAGUUCGAUACUUUCCGCAAGGAUGUAUCAGACGGGCAAAUUGCCGCUGAUACGCCGGUACAACCUACCCAAGCCGCUGGUAUACAAGUUGUGCCGGAUGCAGGACAGCCUUCUAUCAAGACUGAAGACGAGCCUCCGCUCCCCGCGGCUCGCCUCAUCCUCCCCAAGCGCAGAGGCAGACCCCCGAAACAGAAACCCGAGGUCGCAGCGGGCACCUCAUCGUCUCAAAUUCGCUCCCCACUCACCGGUCUCUCGAUUCCCAUCCGUACCAGUACACCUCUCCUCGAUCUCACGCCCGCCCGCAACAGACGCGCAAACGCUGAGCGCAUGAGAGAAAUCGAAGACUCGGAGGCUGAAGCGUCGAGUCCGGAGUCUCCGCUGCCGAGACCGAAACGAACCUCGAGCGGGCAGGCGCAGAUGGGGAAUUUUAAACCGGGUGCCCAGAGGCGGUGGAACGCCGAUUCGCUGAGGGCGGAGGGUGUAGCGGUGUUGGUCAAGACGCCUGGUGGGACGAUGAGAAAGUGUGGUGUGGAUAGGUUUGAGUGUGGCAGGUCGUUUUGUUUUCGGUGCUCGAGCGGGGAAAGUAGGAAGGUAGUGGCGGCGUAG